AUGCAGAAGCCAUUACCUGAGUUGCUGAAGGAAUUUGAUUUACCGGUUGGGAUCUUUCCACUGGAUGCCACAAACUAUGAGUUCAACGAAGAGACGGGUAAAUUGACUGUCUUCAUCCCUGAGACCUGUGAGGUUGGGUACAAGGAUUCAUCGGUCGUGCGGUUUUCAACUACGGUAACGGGUUAUCUGGAGAAAGGGAAGCUAGCGGACGUGGAAGGCUUGAAAACAAAGGUGAUGAUAUGGGUGAAAGUGACUUGUAUCUCAGCAGAUGCGUCAAAGGUCUAUUUCACGGCUGGGAUGAAGAAAAGCAGGAGCAGAGCUGCUUAUGAAGUACUACGUCCUGGUGUUGGUGUUGAUAAAUUCUAA